UCUUUUAUUGCCCUCCCUUAAUGUUGAACAGGAUGUCUCUAUGGAGACAGGGAUAAACAGAUGAUAACAAAUGCUCAGCAGCCUUUAAAGCUCAUUUGAGUGUAUGGGUUGGCGUUUGAGGUGAGGCAAGGAGAGGCAGUGCAGGACAGAGACAGAGGCAGAAGGGACUUGACAUUAGCAAGAGUAGAUAUUCUUCAAGAUGGCGGAGAGCACGGACCUGGAACAGCUGAUGAGCUCUUUUAAGAAGUUUGCGAUCCACGGAGACACCAAGGCUACAGGGAAGGAGAUGAACGGGAAGAACUGGGCUAAACUGUGUAAGGACUGCAAGAUCAUCGACGGGAAGAAUGUCACCGGCACUGACGUGGAUAUCGUCUUCACUAAAGUCAAAGCAAAGACGUCCCGGGUGAUCACCUACGAGGAAUUCCAGAGAGCCCUGGAGGAGCUGGCCCCUAAGAGGUUUAAAGGUCAGAGCAAAGAGGAGGCCCUAACGUCUGUCUACAAGCUGAUAGAGGGCAAGGAGCCCACCAACGUAGGAGUCACGAAAAUGGCGAAGACAGCCGCAGUGGACAGACUGACGGACACCACCAAGUACACAGGCUCCCACAAAGAGCGCUUUGACGAGAGAGGGAAGGGGAGGGGUAAAGGCGGGCGGGAGGAGCUGGUGGAGAAAACGGGGUAUGUUGGCUCCUACAAGAACGCCGGAACCUACGAGGAGAAAACCAAGGCUAAGUAGCCCACCGGGCCAGGCGGGGUGGUCAACAGGCCCAGUAGCCCACCGGGCCAGGCGUGGUGGUCAACAGGCCCAGUAGAUCACCGGGCCAGGUGUGGUGGUCAACAGGCCCAGUAGACCACCGGGUUAGGGCCAGGCGUGGUGGUCAACAGGCCCAGUAGACCACCGGGUUAGGGCCAGGCGUGGUGGUCAACAGGCCCAGUAGCCCACCGGGCCAGGCGUGGUGGUCAACAGGCCCAGUAGCCCACCGGGCCAGGCGUGGUGGUCAACAGGACCAGUAGCCCACCGGGCCAGGCGUGGUGGUCAACAGGACCAGUAGCCCACCGGGCCAGGCGUGGUGGUCAACAGGACCAGUAGCCCACCGGGCCAGGCGUGGUGGUCAACAGGACCAGUAGCCCACAGGACCAGUAAACCACCGGGCCAGGCAUGGUGGUCAACAGGCCCAGUAGCCCACCGGGCCAGGCAUGGUGGUCAACAGGACCAGUAGCCCACCGGGCCAGGCGAGGUGGUCAACAGGCCCACAAGAUGGGAUGUAUCCGAAAUUACAUCCUACUCUAUAUAGUCCACUACUUUGACCAGAGCACUAUGGGUCCUGCUAUAAAGUUGUGCACUAUAUAGAGAAUAGAGUACCAUUUGAGACGCUUCCAGGGUCACUAUCCCCUAGCCCCCCCUCCCCCCCUACAGUCGGGACCAAACCCUGAACCCCGAACUCUGACCUUUGACCCCUAACCACAGGCUUAACCCCAGGCCCUGUCAACAGAGGCUGUUCCUCUCUUAUCUUUGAUAUGUUCUGAGGGUGUGUGUGUGUGUGUGUUUGUGUGUGUGUGUGUGUGUGUGUGUGUGUGUGUGUGUGUGUUGUAAUUGGGGAUGAUAAGAGAGCAUGCUUUUUACUCUGAGGAUGUUGUUAUAGUUAGAGAGCUUGUGUGAGGUGAUGUCCUUAAACAGAGAUACAUGAACGAUGUGUGUUUACAGAUGACUACAUCAGAAUGCUCUGUUCACUGUCACACCUGGCCUGCCCUGAGACUGUACAUAGACCUGUGAUAUAGCAUACCUUUCUUUACCUUGCUUUGUUUUUAACAUGUUGAGUUGGACUGUGACAGACUGAUGCAAGAGUUGCUCUGGAAUUUUUUACGAAACAUCCACCGUAAAGUAAAAACGUCAGCGUCAAGAUCGUGAUUAGACAAAAAAAAUACAUACUGGUAAAAUAAUCUGACAUUGUACUGCGUUCCAUAGGCUUCAAACCAUGGACGUCCUCUUUGAUUUGAAUUCAGUUCACUUUCUUACAGUAUAUUUCAUCUUUCUUACAGUAUAUUUCAUCUUUCUUACAGUAUAAAACAUCUCUCAAGCUCAUAGUUUCAGGGUUUCGUCUUUAAGACUUGUUUUAGAACUAGCUAGCUUUUUAUUCUGAGACUGUUUCUUUAACGCUCGUUGCUUUCAAAACGUUUCAAUUUAUUUUUCUCUCUUUUUUGGUUGUUUUGAUUUGUUUGUUUUAGUGUUGUAGAAACUGGACAAUGGCUGCAUUGAAGGAGAAACGGUUGUAUAAAAAGUGGUAAUAAAGUGUUUCUCUAUA